GUAGAGGUUGGGUCGGGUUUGUUGUCACCGUUAUUUCCAGGCGCAUGCGCGCUGCCACCUGUUUCCUCAUGAAUGUGUACCUGCGCUUCAAUCAACCUUUGAAAUUCGUUGUGCUGUGACUCGAGUGAGCGGAUCGAAACAGUUCCUCCAUCGUUUUCUGCAUUGGCUGGCGCUUGGACGGCCUAUAUACGCACAUUUUGUUAAAGGAACAAGCUCUGGACGAGCGUGGAAAUUACGGAAGAGAAGGCAGGGCGCGCAAAAGUGGACAAAUGGUGGGAGACGCCACAGGAACCUGUAGCCUAUAGGUACAAAAGUUUGUAGAGGCAGUGAGGAGGGAGGAGAACGAAACAAAAUCGUCCGAGUCUCCAUUAAAAUCGGCUACACACCGGUCAUCGUCCUACUAGUAAAUAUUGUAUUAGUUGUAUCACCUGUGUGGUUCAUUUUAGUAGAGUAGAGACUACAGCGCUGUAGUAACUACAACAGGGUGUCGUAGAGAGAGAUAGCGGAGAGCCACCUGGAGAACUCAGCAUGCCACGAGCAUUCCUGGUGAAAAAGCCCAGUGUUUCACCCGGCAAGAGGAGCUGGAGUGAUCUACCUGACCAUGAACGAGGGGACAUCUACAUACCAGUCUUUGUGUCGCCUCCAGCUCUGUGUGAGGAGACGGAAGCAAGUACAGCUGAAGUGGCCCUAUGCCUGUCCACUCAUAAAGAACGCAACAGAUGUACACAGAACUAUAUGCUAGAGCCCUACACAGUGGUUUCUACAGCUGAACUACCUUCCUGUACCACUCUGGGACAGCAGCCCAGUCCUGAAACAGAGCGCAUCCGAAGUACACAGAGCAGCACAUACGUCCGCUCCAAGAUCAAGGUGACUACAGGCGAACUCUCUGUCGAAGCUCCACUUAACAUUCUGAGCACAACUGCUGAUCCUGCUGUCACUGUGGCAAACCCAUGUCCCACAACCAGCAGUGGGACAUCAUCUGCACCUGCAGCAGGGGGAACCUAUGCAUGUCAGGUGUGCCAGAAAAUGUUUCAGUACCAACGCAUGCUCAACAGACACCUAAAGUGUCACAAUGAUCAGAAACGGCAUCUGUGCAGUUUCUGCGGCAAGGGCUUUAAUGACACCUUCGAUCUCAAGAGGCAUGUGCGCACACAUACAGGUGUUCGUCCAUAUAAAUGUAAUUUGUGUGAGAAGGCCUUUACCCAGCGCUGCUCUCUGGAAUCCCACAUGAAGAAGAUUCAUGGUGUGACACAGCAGUAUGCCUACAAGGAACGCCGCACCAAGCUCUAUGUCUGCGAGGAUUGUGGCCACACUGCUUCAACCCAGGAUUCAUUGCUGCGCCAUAUCCAUAAUCAACAUCCAAACAGUGCCUUCUUGCGGGCCAAGGGGGCACGUAGACAUUCGGGGGCAGCAGGUGUAAUUGCACGGGAGGAAAACUCCCUGCCUGGCUCUCCUUUAUCUCUGAACAGUGAUGAUACAACAGGAUCAGGAGGAAGGUAGAAAGAGUUUAGAUCGAUUGAGACAUAAAAUAAUAUUGUUAUAAUAUACACAUCUAUCACAUUAUGUCAAUUGGAGCAUAUGCAAUGUUAUUUAAACUAAGACAAGUGAGAAAGUAAAACUGGAAGCUUAACGAUACAGUGACUUUGACAGUCUAGAUGAACUGAUGAAUGAGUUUCAAGCAGUAAUCAUAGAUUGAGUUUACACAUCCACUAUAGAUGAGGGCUGGUUCUUCGCUUUGAAAUCAAUAAACAGCUAAAUAAUGAUUAUGCACUAGUUUAGUUUACGUUAAAGCUGAUUUUGGAAAACUUUAAAAAGAAAAUGCUAUUUGAUGUAAAUAGUACUCCAUUUUUGCUCAGGGGAGAACCUUUUUUUUUCCUAAAUAUUGUUAUAUUAAAAACUGUUAUGUCUUAUUUUGCUGCAAGGAAUUAUUGAAGAGGGAAUGGUGUUUGGUCAGUAAUUAUUGAUGUUCUAUACUGUCAAAUGUGUGAAGAAAUGUGUAUUUAUCAAGGUAGUGUGUAAUGUUCUUUUGGUGGAGUUUAUCACUUAUUCCAGAUUUUAUACAUUUAUAAUAACAUAUAAAUCUUUGUACAUAAUAUGAACAUAGAUUCAGAUUUUCAUAUUCAUUAGUAUCCUCAAGAGUAACAUAUGAGAUGUGUUCACUGCUGUUACUGUCUAACAGCCUAACAUUAACAAUGCUGAUUUGUCUUCAGGCCUAAUAGUUUAACUAGAGGCACUGAAGUACUGUAUGGACUUUUACUACAUAACUUUUUUUUAAGUGUAUGUGCUUUCUAUAUAAAAUAAACAAUAAACUUUUAUUUUAUGU